AGGUGUUCCUUUGGCAGCAUGUCGCGCAUUGUAGGAGUAUUCAUCUUCCCAAAUGAGACGGCCUCGGUCGCCGUCCGCGCGACAUCUUGUCUGUGAGUAGUGACAGCUGCAGCUCCGAGGCGAGCAAAAUUCGGUGCGAACGGCAUGCCCUCGGGAUAAUCCAGGACUGUCUGGAGGGUGGAGCCACUCAUCCCGGGUCCUUGUUCUCCAGCUCGGGGACUCCGAGCUGCUGGCGAGUUGUCGCCACUUGAGCCCCCACUUCCUUCGAGCCUCUGCCCACCAUGAAAAAGCUUUUCCACCUUUGCGAAGAUGACCUUGCCGACGCGCCACUGGCACAGAUAUUGCCCAACAUCGUCGACUCCAGUGUCCAAGUGAGCACUCGAACACGAAGAAUCGGACUUGAAUGGGACGAGCGUCGUCUCGACACGAAGUGCAAUACCAAUGCUCUCUACUGCAACGAAGCACAGAGGCACGCGAUCGCGGCAAUACAUGACAGCGGACGACAGUUUGCACAAGUUUUCACAACAGGACCAUUGAGCCAGGAGCGGGCUCGUCACAUUCUGCAGGAGAACGGGCUCGAUGACGGGUCGCUGUCAAUGCUGGAAUCCCGAUGGAGUCGCACGACUCAGCGAAGUUGGGAUCGGGUGGAGGGUCGGGUAGAGAGGGUCGUAUAUCAAUGGUAUUUGUACACCUAGUCUAAGGAGUUCUCUGAAUUCAUAUGUGUCUCGAACUAA